AUGUGGUGCCUUCUCCUGCUGCUCUGCUCCCAAGGAAUUGCCUUUUCAGCAGGCUUCACAACACCCUCUACACUGAAUUCAGAUACAAGUCAGUUCAGGAAGACCCGCAACCCCGAAUGCUUUAUGAAUGUUAGUGAAAUUAUCAGAUAUCAUGGAUACCCCAGUGAGGAAUAUCAAGUAACCACAGAGGACGGAUACAUUCUUGGUGUUUUCAGAAUUCCUGCUGGGAGGAACAGCCAAAAGACAGGGCAAAAGCCUGUAGUCUUCCUACAGCAUGCUUUUCUAGGAGACGCUACCCACUGGAUUUCUAACCUGCCCAACAACAGCUUGGGCUUCCUCCUCGCAGAUGCUGGCUAUGAUGUCUGGAUGGGAAACAGCCGAGGGAACACCUGGUCUUUAAAACACAAGACCCUUAAUCCCAGCCAGAAAGAGUUCUGGCAGUUCAGCUUUGAUGAAAUGGGUAAAUACGAUAUUCCAGCAGAGCUGUACUUCAUCAUGAAUAAAACUGGACAGAAGGAUGUAUACUAUGUUGGUCACUCUGAAGGCACAACAAUAG